AUGGGUAUCAACAAUCCUAUUCCAAGAAGUUUGAAAUCAGAGACGAAAAAGGCUGCCAAAGUCCUGUCAAGUUUCGUCAAGCCAAAUCAGGUUUUUGGUGCAGACCAGGUCAUCCCCCCAGACGUCCUAAGAAGAGCUAAAGGUCUAGCAAUCGUCACCGUCUUGAAAGCCGGGUUCUUGUUCUCCGGCAGAGCAGGGUCCGGUGUCAUUGUCGCAAGGUUGCCAGAUGGCUCAUGGAGUGCCCCUUCUGCAAUAGCAAUGGCAGGCGGGGGUGCUGGUGGUAUGGUCGGUAUCGAGUUGACCGACUUCGUUUUCAUUCUGAACACAAAACAAGCAGUUAAAUCGUUCUCAGAGUUCGGUACAAUCACUUUGGGUGGUAACGUCUCUGUCUCAGCAGGUCCAUUGGGUAGAAGUGCGGAGUACGCUGCAAGUGCCUCGACAAAAGCAGUCGCCUCUGUGUUCGCCUACUCAAAGAGUAAAGGUCUGUUCGCAGGUGUCUCCGUCGAAGGUUCAGCAUUCAUCGAGAGAAGAGAAGCAAACAGAAAGUUCUAUGGCGACAAAUGUACUACAAAAAUGAUUUUAUCAGGUAGAAUUAGACCUCCACCACACGCCGACCCAUUAUUCAGGGUCUUAGAAUCCAGAGCAUUCAAUUACAGACAGCGCGGUUAUGACGAUGAUUACGACGAGCGUAGGGAUCGUGACUACGACACAGACAGUUUCUAUAAUGACAUCCCAGAUUCCUUCUCUUCAAAUGACGACUACGACUACGAUCCAAGAGGUGGUUCCAGAUCUAGAGCAGGCUCACGAGCUCGUGGUGGCUACGAUGACUUCGAUAAUAGCGAUAGCGACGACUAUUACGGAAGCAGAAAUAGCCGUUCCAACGUAGCAGGAUCCAGAUACGGUAGAAACGAUGGUUAUGGCUCAGAUAGUGAUGAUUAUGACAGAAAUAGCACGAGAGAUUAUUAUGCAGAAAAUAGAAGAACCCCUGCCAAUAGAACCUCCUCAUAUGGGAGACCAAGUAGCAGCAGAACCAACACCCGUUGGGAAGAUGAAAUAUAUGAUAAUGAAAAUAAUGUCGAUGAUGUAUCAAAUAGAUUCUCCAGGGCAAGAAUCUCGAGCAAUAACAACAGUGCAAAUAGAGAAAGAAGAGCUUCAAGAAGUUCAUACAACGACGGAGUUAGUCAUGCUGGUCCAAAGGCUGUGGCUCUAUACACAUUCAGCGGUGAAGAAUCCGGGGAUUUAUCUUUUAAGAAAGGUGAUGUGAUUGCUAUCUUAAAGAAAUCGGAUUCACAAGACGAUUGGUGGACUGGUAGAGUGAACGGUAAAGAAGGUAUAUUCCCUGCAAAUUAUGUCGAAUUAGUAUAA